AUGAUGACGUGCCGUCUGCUGUGCGCCCUGUUGGUGCUCGCCCUGUGCUGCUGCCCUUCCGUGUGCGUGACAGUAACUGCUGACGCGGGACAAGAUGACACUAGUCGAUUGCCCAAAUUAUCUCAGGAGCCAGGUCUUACAGCCGAUUCUUCACAUUCGAAUGCUCAUACAAACCCGGUUCCGAGAAUUGCCGAUGCGUUAUCUCCACCAGUUAAGGCCGUUAAGGAAGGAAAAUCAGGUGUGUCGUCCAGUACAGAAAAUGGAGAAAGCGCGACUGAACAGACAGAGUCAGAAAGUGUGGACACCAAAUCGAGAGGUUCAACGGAGAAUUCCAGUAAGUCGGUGGUAAAAAAAACAGAGCAGAUUCCGGGAUUGUUAAGACCUAAUGAAGAGGCUAACCUCCCGAUAACAAAUACGAAGACAACGACGACCACAACCACAAAUGCGCCAACUACGACUACCACAACAACGACAAAGACCGCCGCGCCAGAGGCACCAACGUCGACGACCACCCGCGCACCGUCACGUCUUCGUGAAAUCGACGGCAGCCUCAGCAGCUCUGCGUGGGUGUGUGCCCCGCUGCUGCUCGCCGCAUCCGCGCUGGCGUGCACCGCUGUGGGCUGA